ACAACAACAAAUCUGUUGAGCUAAUAUGGGGCAGUUAUUACAACACUUUCUACUAAAAUGCUUACUCUUUUUAAUUCUCUCUCAUUUUCUUACUCAAUGUGUUUCUUCUGUGCUGCGAUCUUGUCUGGAUUCUGAACGCUCUGCUUUGUUGCGGUUGAAGGAUGGCUUCAUUCUUAAUCGGUCAGCUUCUUAUGAUACUUUAGCUUAUCCGAAAGUUAGUUCAUGGAAACUUGAAGGACAGGUCGGUGGGGAUUGCUGCUCUUGGGAUGGAAUUGAGUGCGAUGAUAACACUGGUCACGUUAUUGGACUUGAUCUCAGCAGUAGUUUCCUUUAUGGCUCUAUCAACUCCAACAACAGCCUUUUCCAGCUCCAUCACCUUAGAAGGCUCAACCUUUCGGACAAUAACUUCAAUCGCUCUGAAAUCCCUUCUGCAAUUGGUAACCUUACAAGGCUAUCACGGUUGGACCUCUCCUGGUCUGGCUUUACAGGUCAAAUUCCAUAUGAAGUUCUAUUGCUUUCAAACCUGGUGAUACUUGAUCUCUCUAGGAAUCGAUUAGAGCUCCGAAACCCAAGCUUGAAAAGUUUAUCCGAGAGGUUAUUGAACCUCAAGCAUCUUGAUCUUUACAUGGUAAAUGUAUCGUCGACAAUCCCUCAGAGUUUGGCAAAUUUAUCUGCUUUAACAUAUCUCUCUCUUGACGCUUGUGAAUUGCAUGGUUCAUUUCCUAUUGAAGUUUUCCAGCUCCAUCACCUUAGAAGGCUCAGCCUUUGUGACAAUGACUUCAACGGCUCUGAAAUCCCUUCUGCAAUUGCUAACCUUACAAGGCUAUCACGGUUGGACCUCUCCUCGUCUGGCUUUACAGGUCAAAUUCCAUAUGAAGUUCUACAGCUUUCAAACCUGGUGAUACUUGAUCUCUCUGGGAAUCCAUUAGAGCUCCGAAACCCAAGUUUGAAAAGUUUAUCCGAGAGGUUAUUGAACCUCAAGAUUCUUGAUCUUGACAUGGUAAAUGUAUCUUCAACAAUCCCUCAGAGUUUGGCAAAUUUAUCUGCUUUAACAUAUCUCUCUCUUGAGGGUUGUGAAUUGCAUGGUACAUUUCCCACUUCCCUUGCCAACCUUACCCAGCUCACUUACCUCUCUCUAGCUGGAAAUGAAUUUAGCCCUGCCACUUUGCCUUGGCUUACUCAGCUAACCAAACUAACCGCAUUGAAUUUAGAUUCUACAAAUUCAUACGGUGAAGUCCUAUCUUAUUUAAAAAACCUUACCAAGCUUACAUAUUUGACACUUACCCGGAAUCAAUUUUCUGAACGAAUCCCAUCUUGGUUUGGUAAUCUUACUGGGCUGAACACUUUGGCUCUCGGUUCGAAUGAAUUUUGGGGUUCGAUACCAAAAUCAAUCUUUACACUGAAAAAUCUUGUAGAUCUUGAUUUAUACGGUAACCACCUCAGCGGCACCUACAAAUUAGAAUCCUUUCUAAAUCUUAAAAACCUGAAGACGCUUCAACUGUCUAGUAAUCAGUUUUCAUUGCUCAGUACAACUGUUAUUAAUGUUACUGUUCCAAAGUUUACCUUGUUAACAUUGGCUUCUUGCAACUUAUCCAAGUUCCCGAGUUUCCUUUCGAGUCAAGACAAACUGGAGCUUCUUGAUCUUGGUGGUAACAAAAUCCAUGGGUGUAUCCCCAAAUGGAUAUGGGGCUUAUCUGGUCAAACUCUUCAAGUUUUAGAUUUAAGUGAAAACUUUCUUACAGGUUUCGACGAACCAACUGUUGUCCCUUCAUGGACCAUUCUAAGAAAGUUGGACCUUAGUUAUAACAUGCUACAAGGGUCCCUACCAAAUCUACCCGCUUCCAUUUACCAAUAUUUUGUCUCAAACAACCUACUCAAGGGAGAAAUCUCAUCAGGGAUAUGCAACCUGACUUCUAUAACUGUACUUGACCUAUCAAAUAAUAGCUUCAGCGGCAUGCUUCCGCCAUGUUUGGGCAACCUAAGCGAAUCACUUUCAGUACUAAAUCUCCAAAACAAUAACUUUAGUGGCCCUAUUCCUCGAGCAUGUGAAAAAGGAAACACAUUGAGGAUGAUUGAUCUUAGUCAAAAUCAAUUGAAUGGACGUAUUCCGAGAUCACUGGUUAAUUGCAACAUGCUAGAGCUUCUUAAUUUGGGAAAUAAUCAAAUAGAGGAUACGUUUCCCUCUUGGUUGGGAAGGCUUCAAGAGUUGAAAAUUCUCAUCCUACGACAUAAUGGAUUUCAUGGUGCAAUUGGAGAACCAAAAUCCAAUGAGUUUCCAAAGUUGCAAAUUCUUGAUCUUUCCUUCAAUAAAUUGACAGGUUGUUUGCCAUCUCGUCACUUCCAAAUAUGGAAGGCCAUGAAAGUAGUUGAUGUUGGCAACUUAAGGUACUUAAAGGCAGACGUUAGUUUUGAAGGAAGAGAAACAAAUUGGACUAUCGACUUUUCCUACUCAAUGACAAUGACAAAGGCAGGCGUGGAAUUAAAAUACGAGAAGAUUCAAGAUUUCUUGGUAGCCAUUGAUCUGUCAAGUAAUAAAUUUGAUGGCUGCAUUCCAGAAGACAUUCAAAUGGUAAAGGCACUUCAGUUCCUCAACCUUUCCAACAAUUUUCUUUCAGGUCCAAUUCCAUCAUCAUUGGCAAAUCUCUCUAACCUCCAAGCUUUGGACCUUUCUCGAAACAAGCUCUCCGGGGAGAUCCCUCAAGAGCUGGUGCAACUCACUUUCCUUGGAUUUUUUAAUGUCUCUCAUAAUCAGCUGACCGGACCCAUACCGCAAGGCAAACAAUUUGGUACGUUCGAAAACAACUCAUUUGAGGGCAACCUAGGAUUAUGUGGAAAUCCAUUGUCAAAGAAAUGCUAUCCCAAAGGCUUAUCACCACCGCCGCCGUCAUUGUCAAAGAAAGAUGAUGGUGAAGAUUCAUGGCUCCAACUUGGGUGGAAAGCAAUCAUGUUGGGAUAUGGAAGUGGGGUAGUGAAUGGACUAGUUCUCGGUUACCUCUUCAACCCGAUGAAACAUAAGUUGUUUGUCAAGUAUUUUGGAAGAAAGAUGCAGAAUCGGAGGAGGGGUAGGAUGAAUUAAGUCAAUGCUUAAUUUGACGCAGUACUAGUAAGUGUUUAUAUGAGUGUGUUUUUUUAAAUAUAUAAUUAUGAAUGUUAAUUUGUCUUUUUCCCUUUUUAUUUAUUUAUUAUCUUUUUGGCCUUCUGUUGAAUCACGAAUUUAAGGUAUGAUUAUUAUGUACAAUUCUUAUUAAUGUAAAACGAAUGUGGUUGAAAUAUUAAAAGGAAAACUUCAUGGAUUGCAAUUUUUUUAGGUAACAGAAAUACAG